AUGUCGGGAAGAGCGCCUCCUGGAGGCUCUUCCAACACCCCAAACAAUGACCUUCUGCUCGACUUGGACGACCAGCCCGCGUACGGCGGGCAGCGAACCACGGUAAACGAGGACGAACUGCUUCGCGCCUACGACAACACCCCAUCCCGACCCUCGGUGUCCUACGAUGAUUUUAUCGGUGGUAAUGAGACGACACACCCUGCUGCGAAAAAUCCACCACCGGGCGCAGCAAGCUCGGCUGGUCCGCGCCCCCCCUACUUGGCAGACUCGGAUAGGCAGUUUAGCCAAUCGUCGGACCUGCACAACUUCCAGAGAUAUGCUGACGACUUCGACGACUAUCCCGACGACGGUCAAUCAUACUAUCACCACGGGGGCUCUUCCGUAGGCGCUGGGGCGGAUCAGACGGGUCGCGAGAAUGCAAGGAAUCGCAACAGUGUGCUAGGUCUCGGCGGAGGGUUCUUCGGCAAAGCUAAGAACAUGUUGGGAAUGGGUCAGGCCCAGGGCUACUCGGAGAUGGACCUACCGUUGACCGAGCCGGGACGAGGACAUGCAGAUUCCGCGGUCGAGCCGCAAUCGAAGCAGAGCAAGAAGUUCGAGCUGAAGAACUUCAAGUUUGGACUGGGGCGAGGCAAGCCGGACCCGUCGACGCUGGGUCCGAGAAUUAUACACCUGAACAACCCGCCGGCGAACGCUACGACCAAAUACGUCGAUAAUCACAUCUCCACGGCGAAAUACAACGUCGCCACGUUCCUUCCCAAGUUCAUGUUCGAGCAGUUCUCCAAGUUCGCCAACAUCUUCUUCUUGUUCACAGCGGCUCUGCAGCAAAUCCCGGGGUUGUCCCCGACGAAUAAAUACACUACGAUUGGGCCCCUCAUUGUGGUGCUCAUGAUAUCUGCAGGAAAGGAGCUGGUGGAAGACUACAGGAGGAAGCAGGCCGAUAGCGCCCUGAACAAUUCGAAAGCGAGGAUUUUGAGAGGGUCUACCUUCGAGGAGACGAAAUGGGUCAACGUGGCCGUGGGCGACAUCGUAAGAGUGGAGUCGGAGGAACCCAUUCCUGCCGACGUUGUGAUAUUAGCAAGUUCCGAGCCGGAGGGGCUGUGCUACAUCGAGACGGCCAACUUGGAUGGAGAAACCAACUUGAAAAUCAAGCAAGCCUUGCCCGAGACAUCGACCAUGGUAAGCACCUCCGAGCUUAGCAGAUUGAGCGGCAGGAUACGCUCCGAACAACCGAACAGUAGCCUGUACACUUACGAGGCGACCUUGACUAUGCAGGCCGGCGGGGGCGAGAAGGAGUUACCCCUGAAUCCAGAGCAGCUUUUGCUGCGUGGAGCAACACUGAGAAACACGCCCUGGGUCCACGGCAUUGUCGUCUUCACGGGCCACGAAACCAAGCUCAUGCGAAAUGCGACUGCGACACCCAUCAAGCGAACCAAGGUUGAGCGCCAACUGAAUAUGCUCGUCCUGGCUCUUGUCGGCAUACUUCUGGUUCUGAGCGUCAUUUGUACCGUCGGUGAACUGGUCUAUCGAUCCAGUCGGGGCAGCUCUCUCGUAUAUCUACAGCCAUCUUUGGGCGAGCUCGACGAUGCUAACACUGUCGUGAAAACCAUCUUCAAGGAUCUGGUCACGUAUUGGGUCCUGUUCUCCAGUCUGGUACCCAUCUCCCUUUUUGUCACGGUAGAACUCGUCAAAUACUGGCACGGCAUUCUGAUUAACGACGACCUGGACAUCUACUACGACAAGACUGACACCCCUGCAAAUUGUCGAACGUCAAGUUUGGUCGAGGAGUUGGGCAUGGUUGGGUUUGUCUUUUCGGACAAGACCGGAACUUUGACCUGCAACAUGAUGGAAUUCAAGCAGUGCACCAUUGCGGGAAUUCAAUAUGCGGAUGAAGUACCCGAAGAUCGCCGGGCUACAACUCAAGACGGCGUAGAGGUCGGUAUUCACGAUUUCAAGCGACUGCGCGAGAACUGCAAGUCGCAUGAGAGUGCCCUUGCCAUCCAACAUUUCUUGGCGUUACUUUCGACCUGCCAUACCGUCAUUCCGGAGCGGAAUGAGAAAGGCGGCAUCAAGUACCAAGCAGCAUCCCCUGACGAGGGUGCCUUGGUGGAAGGUGCUGUCAUACUUGGCUACAAAUUCGUCGCGCGCAAACCGCGAUCAGCCAUCAUCGAGGUAGAGGGCCAAGAGUAUGAAUAUCAACUGCUGGCCGUAUGCGAAUUCAACUCAACGAGAAAGCGGAUGUCGGCCAUCUAUCGUUGUCCGGACGGAAAGAUCAGGUGCUACUGCAAGGGCGCCGAUACCGUCAUCUUGGAGCGUUUGAAUGAGAACAACCCGCAUGUCGACGUCACUUUGGUCCAUCUUGAGGAAUAUGCUUCCGAGGGUUUGCGAACAUUGUGCUUGGCCAUGCGAGAGAUUUCCGACCAGGAAUUCGCGGAGUGGUAUGCUAUCUUUGACAAGGCUCAGACGACUGUUGGGGGCAAUCGAGCCGAUGAGUUGGACAAGGCUGCCGAACUUAUCGAGCAUGAUUUCUACCUCCUCGGUGCAACUGCUAUCGAGGAUCGGCUCCAAGAUGGCGUGCCAGAGACGAUCCACACUCUGCAACAGGCUAACAUCAAGGUCUGGGUGCUGACUGGUGAUCGACAGGAGACGGCCAUCAACAUCGGCAUGAGUUCUAAGCUUUUGAGCGAAGACAUGAUGUUGUUGAUUGUCAACGAGGAGGACGCCCCAGCAACUCGCGACAACCUCCAAAAGAAGCUUGACGCAAUUCGUAACAACGCUGAAGGCACUAUUGAGAUGGACUCGCUUGCCCUGGUCAUUGAUGGCAAGUCCCUAACGUAUGCGCUGGAGAAGGACAUGGAGAAGCUCUUCUACGAUCUCGCCGUCAUGUGUAAAGCCGUCGUCUGCUGCCGUGUGUCGCCUUUGCAGAAGGCGUUGGUGGUCAAGAUGGUGAAGAGGCACUCGCCCGAGAUCCUUCUCGCUAUUGGUGAUGGAGCGAACGACGUGUCGAUGAUCCAAGCCGCUCACAUUGGCGUGGGUAUCAGCGGUAUGGAAGGUCUGCAAGCCGCACGAAGUGCUGACAUCUCCAUCGCUCAAUUCCGAUACCUUCGCAAACUCACUCUCGUCCACGGCGCUUGGAGCUACCAGAGAGUAAGCAAGACCAUUCUGUUCUCAUUUUACAAGAAUAUCACUCUGUAUAUGACACAGUUUUGGUACACCUUCCAAAACGUGUUCUCCGGUCAAGUCAUCUACGAAUCGUGGACUCUCAGUUUCUACAAUGUCUUCUACACGGUCCUGCCUCCCCUUGUCCUGGGUAUCCUCGACCAAUACAUCUCUGCCCGCCUUCUGGAUCGCUAUCCCCAGUUGUACACCCUCGGUCAACAAAACCAGUUCUUCAAGGUACGGACGUUCUUCAACUGGAUUUUAACUGCCAUAUACCACUCGAUAAUUCUGUACAUCGGCGGUGAACUCUUUUGGUACGGCGAUCUUAUCCUUAGCGACGGAACAAUCGCCGGCCAUUGGGUUUGGGGUACGGCCAUGUAUGGCGCUGUCCUCGCAACGGUUCUUGGCAAGGCUGCGUUGAUUACCAGCAACUGGACCAAGUACCACGUUCUCGCCAUCCCCGGAAGUAUGGCCAUCUGGUACACCUUCGUGGCUGUUUAUGCCUUCGUUGCGCCUAAAGUGGGAGUAUCAACGGAAUACGAUGGGCUUGUUCCCAAGCUCUUCUCCAGCCCCGUGUUCUGGUUGCAAACCGUCGCACUAGCUGCUCUGUGCCUUAUCCGAGAUUUUGUUUGGAAGUACGCAAAACGCAUGUACAAACCGCAGACAUAUCAUCACAUCCAGGAGAUUCAGAAGUACAACAUCCAGGAUUAUAGGCCCAGAAUGGAACAAUUCCAAAAAGCAAUUCGCAAAGUCCGCCAAGUGCAGCGCAUGCGGAAACAGCGCGGCUACGCCUUCAGUCAGGCCGAUGAAAGUCAAACUCGCGUCAUCAACGCGUACGAUACCACGAGACAUCGUGGACGGUAUGGAGAGAUGCCCAUGGCGUCGGAGAAUUAA